UAAAUAGACAUGCAUAUAUAAUGUAUGAACAAUUUCACAGUUGAGUGCUCUUUGAAUCUCUUCUUAUAAACUGAUAAAAAUACACAAUGAGCAGGAGUUGUUAUGUGCUGGUUUUUGCUCUUCUACUUCUACUUGGUCUGUCAUCUCCAACUUCAGCUACGUCACCUACAAAAAUUGUUACUGGGGUUGUCUCCAAUGUGGUUUCUGCUCUUGUUAAAUGGCUAUGGUCCCUAAAAUCCACAGCCAAACCAGUGCAGCAUGGUCGCUCCAUGAUGAAAUUUGAGAGUGGCUACAAUGUGGAAACAAUUUUUGAUGGAAGUAAGCUUGGAAUUGAGCCACACUCAGUUGAAGUGUCUCCAGAUGGUGAAUUUCUGGUUCUGGAUUCUGAGAACAGUAACAUCUACAAGAUCCCAAGUCCAAUAUCCCGAUAUAGCAGACCCAAACUGCUUGCUGGAUCACCUGAAGGUUAUAUUGGACACAUAGAUGGGAGGCUUAGAGAAGCUAGAAUGAACCACCCUAAAGGAAUUACAGUGGAUGGGAGGGGGAAUAUUUACAUUGCAGACACACUGAAUAUGGCCAUCAGAAAGAUCAGUGAUGAAGGGAUUACAACCAUUGCUGGAGGUGGAAAAUGGGGCCAAGUAGGAGGCCAUGUUGAUGGUCCAAGUGAAGAUGCCAAGUUUUCAAAUGAUUUUGAUGUAGUUUAUGCUGGUAGGAGCUGCUCUCUUUUGGUGGUGGAUCGAGGAAACCAGGCAAUUCGAGAGAUCCAACUCCAUCAAGAUGACUGCACUAAAUAUAAAUAUGAUGAGUAUGACAAUGACAGUAGUUUUCACUUAGGAAUAGCUGUGCUUAUUGCUGUUGGAUUCUUUGGUUAUAUGCUAGCAUUACUGCAGUGGAGGGUGAGGGCCAUGUUUUCUUCCCCUGAUGAUCCAAGAGGUCCUUUAAGAACUAAAGGUACACCAUUUGCAGCAGAGCAUCAGCAGAAAAGGCCUCCUCCUCCUCCCAAGUCAGUGAGGCCUCCAUUGAUCCCAGCUGAAGAUGAAUUUGAUAAACAAGAUGAAGGCUUUUUUGUUUCUCUUGGAAGGCUUCUAGUGAACUCUAGCUCUUCCAUGGGUGAAAUUUUGGGAAGCUUUUUCACAGGAUCCAAAAGGAAACCACUCCCAUAUCAUCAGUACCACCAGCAUCAUCAACAGUACCAAUAUGCAAACAGACAUUCUUCUAAUCCAUGGCCAAUGCAAGAAAGCUUUGUCAUUCCAGAUGGAGAUGAACCUCCUGGUAUAGAAGCUAGAACUCCCACACUUCGAAAACCAUAUCCUUUCAUGCCCAAUGAGAUUGAAAAGCCAAAGCAAUUCAAGCAAACUCAGGGUUACUUGAACAGGUGGGAUGAUGGUGGUUAUGAUGAACAUCAGCAACAUCAUCAUCAUCAGCCAAAGCAUCCCAAGCUGCAACACCAGCAACAGGUUCAAAAUCGUUACUCUUCCACGCCACAAGGUUACUAUGAGCAGAACCGCGAGACAAAUGAGAUUGUGUUUGGUGCGGUUCAAGAACAUGAUGGAAGGCGUGAAGCCAUGGUGAUCAAGGCUGUGGAUUAUGGGGAUCCCAAAUUUAGUCACCAAAAUGUCAGGCCUAGGUUGAAUUAUGUUGGUUACUCCCAUGGUUAUUGAUAUUGAAGAAGAUUAGUGAUGAUUUCAUAGCAUCAAAAUUACAUAAGGUUUACCAACAAUGUGUUGGUUCGAGUGGAAGAAGCUCCAGUCUCACCAAGUAUGUGUAUGAAAAAUAUACAAUUGGGAGAGAGGUCAUCACUUUGGUAUCUGACAGUACCUCGAGAGAUAAGUCUAUCACCUAUGAAUGCGAUACUCUGGAAACUGAAAGGUUAUAGAAGGUUCAAUGCUUAAUUUUCUCUACCUAGGCAUGACACAUUAGUCCUAAAAGAAUCAAAAUCAUAACAAAGGAAAAAGAGGACACUGCAGUCUUGGAAAAUUUCUUCUGAGUAAAUGCUGUAAUUUAGGUGAGUACUAAUGCUUGUGUGCAAUUUUCACUAAAAUUUUAUUUCAAUAUACAAUCUGAUCAGACAAAUUAUUAAGAGAAAAGAAAAAAGUAAGAGUGGGAUUUGUGGAAGGAAUUGGACUUGCCUUUAUUUUACAGUGACAGAUCAAAGAACAAAGGAAUUAAGUAUG